UAUCGGCAAAAAAGCCAUUAUCGGACAUCUCUAUCUGUAAUCUUUACAAAUAUAUAAAUAUAUCAUGCCUGCAGUUCCAGAUAAUUCAAGUCACUGAUGUCAAAUGGUUUGCAAAAAUAUUUUUACGUGCAUUACCUGAUUGUUAUUCGUAAUGUAUUUGUUUGGAAAUUGUUUUUGAAAGGAAGAAAAAUCUUUUGCCAUCAAUUCUUACGUCAAGUUAAUACACACAACUAAGAAAAGUGUGGAUUCAGUUUGAGUAUGUCAUAUUUAGUUCCACAUCAUACAUACAUAUUUCCAGAGAACAAUUUUGUGCUCAAUAACAUUUUACAAAAACAAAGAAAAUGAAAUUAAGAAUGUAUUUACAAAAGAUAACGUUUAAUUUUGAUUGACAUGGUCAGAUACAACUAUUCAUCUAAAUAUAGUUGUGUAGGGGUGAUCAAGGGUAUCUCCUCUAUGGGGGUCUUGGGGCACUAGGAGGUUAACCCCUUUACUACUGUUACCCGGGGUGGCCCUUGGCAAAGGCCUAGUACCUGACAGCCCCCUAGCCAGCGAUACGGUGAAGACCUCAACGGCGGAGCAGGCGGAAGAUUUAAGAACUACCACAAGGGCUGCGAUGGCGGAAGAAGGCUGCAGCAGAAAAGGGUCCCCAGUCGUCUUGGACUCCAUGCCACUGGACCCUGACCCGAUUCUGUCAAGGAUCGUGUGGUGGCUGUCUGUGCACCAGUGUACCCAGGUUAAACUAAGUCACGCACAGGCAUCCUCCAUUAAGGGAUACACGUCAUACUUGUUCGAGUGACCGCCGAUGAUCAAGGGUGAUGGGUCAAAUGCAGAGAAUAAUUUGACCACACCUCGUGUGUGUGACAACUUUACUUUAACAACACCGCAUCCUAGAUUAUUAGUCCUGUAGCUGAAUAAGGAAAGUGAAGCAAAACUACAGUAGAAUUGUGUGACUGAUAACGAGGACAUGGAUACAGUGUUUUCAAUAUAAGCACUAUUUAAUUGGUCUAAAGCAUUUAUGACAGCUAAUCAGGCUUAGUGGAUCUGGGUCAACUCCCAUGUGUGUGUGUACACUUCUCCAUCGCCCUUACGUCUACUUUGCUUUACCUGUUCAUUGGACUCAUUCAUGUCAAUCAAGCAGACAGUCCAGGAUGCAGACCUUGACCCAGCAUGUCCCCUUCCCUCGGGCCGCUUACUCCCAAGCCCGGGAAAACCUGGUGAAGGCCAUCCCGCCCAAACUCCUCUGCUUGCUGGCCUGCGGGGGACUGGACUGUCGUUACGAAGGACCAGACUGUUGGAAAGCGAGCCAGCAGGUCAUCCGUGGCAUUUUCUCCUCAUGGGUGACCGAUGACAUCAUCGCUAUGGCACGGCCGUCCACAAUCUUGAUUGAAAAGUUCGACGUUAUAGAACAAUUUCAGAGGUUGAAUAUAAGAUCCAUCAUAAACAUGCAAGUACCUGGCGAACAUGCGCACUGCGGACCCCCUUUGGACCCUGGAAGUGGCUUCACAUACCUGCCGCAGAUCUUCAUGGAGAAUGACAUUUAUUUCUACAACUUUGGGAUGCCAGAUUUCGGCGUGUCCUCCCUCGUCGGCAUCAUCGAUGGCGUAAAGGUGUUGGCCUUCGCUGCGGGGGAGGGAAGGGUUGCUGUGCACUGCCACGCCGGUCUGGGCAGAACAGGUCUGGGUUGGGAUUUGCGCUAGCGGGUGUGGAUACACAACUUGACACUGAUUGCUCCACAGGUGUCCUAAUAGCCUGCUACUUAGUCUACACUUUGCGGAUCAGUCCCAGUGAGGCCGUGCACUACGUCCGCAUCAAAAGGCGGGCUGCAGCCAGGGCCACUUGCUGGCUGCAGCCCGCAGAUCGAGGAGGGGCUUAUUUUCCCUCAAUGUGGGCGGGUCUCAACGUUGAGCCCGCGGGCUCCAUCUGGUGGCGGAGAUCCGGCAGCACACAUUCUCAAACGUCAAUAAAGCUACUUUUAACUUGUCAAAUGUAUUUUUUUUACCAUGAAAA